CAUCGUCAUGGCAACAUGUGAGUAGCGUUUUUUUUUUCAGUUUGGAGUUCAAAUUUUGAAUUGUUUUUCGAGUAAUUUUCUUCAAAUUAUACUCGAAGUAGAUAAAUUAUCCGAGUAUAUUUUACUUCCUCCAUUUCCAUAGGAUGUACCCAACACAAUGAAGCUUUCAGUAUGAAUAUGGAGCUGUCCAAGAUAUUAUCUACGUUAUUGAUCGUGAAUAAUGAGCGAUACCGAUGACACCGACUAUUUAUUACUAAUACCUCCAGAUUUCUUUAUCGUGAAUUUAUCAGAAUGUGAUUCACCGAACUACUUUGAUACUAGUCUUGGAAAAGAUUCUGGAAUAGGAACAGCAGUAAAUACUCGUAUUAUAGAAGAUUUUUACGACAGAUCGUUCAUAAUGGAACAUUCCAACUACGAUGAUGUUCACGAUACAUCAUUUCUAUCGUUUAAUUACUCGAAGGAUUUCGGUAAUCCGAACAACGAUCCGUUUUCGAAAAAUUCGCCCGAAAAGUUUUGCAAUACUUGGCCUCUGAAGAUGGACGAUUAUCAGUCGAAUUUCACGAAUAAAUUGAUGAAAAACAGCGAAUUAAUGCAAUUGAAAACAUCCACUCCUAAUUUAGUUCCGAGGAACCUUCUUGCUCAGAAAACGUCGAAUGAAAUUAAAAAACAGAUUAACGAGACGUCUGUGUCGAAUAAUAGCACAGUGUCUUCUAAAUUCAAUCUUAGUCAGGUUGAUAAGUUACUCGAAGAAAUGGAGAAAGCUCGUAACGAGAUAAGGACGAAAUUACAAUCGAACAGAAAACAAAUUUCAUUGAUGAAAAAUCAUUUUUAUAAAAAGACAGACGAAUCGGAUAAACAACCUGUUUGUUUGAAUGAGACUGUUUCCAAGUUGGACGAACGUAUUAGGAAUAUUAAUAAAGAAAUCAAUAGCUCUUCGUCCAGCACAACUUCCAGUAAAACGAAAAUCAACGAUUUAUUAUCAUUCCCCAGACAACCGAAAAGUUUGCUGAGUAUUUCUAAAGUAACUUCUGAAACGAAUAAUAUCGAAACAUUGCAACAGAAAUUAGAAGCAGAAACAUUGAAGAGAAAACAUUGCGAAGAAAUAAUCCAGCAGUUACAAGGUAAUCUAUUAGAACAAGAGCAAAAUUUAGCAGUUGCAUUGAGAAUCGAUUCCGAAAAAGAAGACUUCAUUAAACAAUUACAAACCGGUUGGACUCAGUUGGUAGAUCAUUGGAAAGAACUGGAAAAUCAACGACAAGAAUUAGCAUCCAUGUUAGAAAAUGAACGUACUGAAGCUAGAAAAUUGGCCGAUUCUUCGUCUCAAAAAAUCGAAGAACUAGAGAAUCGUUUGCAUGAAACGUACGAAUUGGUUACCGAAUACGAAGAAAAAAAUAAAGGAUUAGAAGAAUCGUUCAAAGAAUUACAACAGUCUCUCGAAACCAUACGUACAGAAUUUGAUAAAAAAGUUACCACUGUCGAACAAAACGUUAAACGAUUCGAAAAAGAGAAAACGCAAGUCUGCGAGCAACUAGAACAGCAAAAACAUUCAAAUUUCGUUGCCGAAUCUCGUAUCGCUGAUUUAGAAAAAUUAACCAAUUCGUUAUCUCGAGAAAAACAGGAUAUUUCGGAGAAAUAUCAAAAAGAAACGCAAAUCGUCGACGCUCUAAAAAACGAAGUUGUCAAGCUGAAAUUGAAUUGUAGUCUGGCAACCAACGCGGAGGAGACUGCUCAAAAAGAAUUGAACAAAUUGAAAGAAGAAUUCGUUAAAGUGAAAAACAGCUUGAGAGACUACUACCAAAAACAACUAGACAACGUGUUGAAAGAAAAAAUACAAGAAUUCCAAAGACAAAUCCAAAACGCCGAAAAAAUUAUGCAUCAAGAGCUCCACAAACAAGAGAAACUAACCGGUAGUAAAUUCCAAACUGUGAUAAGCAAGCUACAAAAUGAGCAUAAAACCGAACUAUCCGAAGAACGCAGAAUUAAUUCGAAACACGUGAAUAUUUUGAAAUUAGAACUGAAGGAAAGUCGUAAAAAAAUCCAAGAGAUGGAAGAAAAGCUGAAAUUAGACUCGUCUUCGAAAUUAGAACUUGCUAAGCAUGUUCAAUCGGCAUUCGAAACUCAAUGGAAAGAUACGAUGAAUUCGUUGGCUGGUAAUCAUUCCAAAGAUUUACGUUCGCCGAAUGCGAAUGAAAGAUUUUUAUUCGCCGAAGAGACCAGUGUGAAUGAAGACAAUUUAUCGGAAAUUGACAAAACAGCCGUAGAUUUACGAAGAUACGUCGAACUGUUAUUGGAAAAGCCACCUGGUAAACCGGUUAAAUCAGUUUCAUCGCAAGAUAUGGAUGAUCAAUCUUUUGAAAUCCACAAACAUCUUAAGAAUGGGAGAAAGCAGCCGCCCUGGAGGUGAAAUUAACUACAUAUUAUUUAUUUUUUUGAAUAAAUAAUCAAAUUCGAGCCAUUAUUCUUACUUUUUAGAACCGGUUGACAUUUUUUUUUUUUUUUUUUUUUUUAUGUAAAAUAUGUAAAAAAAAUAUUACCUAUUUUUUAAAAUCAUCAUUUUUUAAAAUGAAUUUUUAUAAACUCUAAUUUUAAGUUGUACUAGUACAUUAUUGAUUUUCGUAUCAAAAUUUUUGCUCAUUUUGUGUUAUUCGAUCUCAGUGAAGUAACGUAAGAUUUUUUUUAAAAAAAUUGCAAAUGCAAUAAUAGGGACUUUUUCCCCAGUGUUUAAUUGUGAAAAUUAUAUUUUUCAUUUCAAAGUAAUUUUCCAUUACUUUUGUAGACAAAUUUAAGCCAUGUAAGCGAAAAUAAAAAAGAAUAUUUCAUGA